AUGGCGACGAGGCGUCACCAGCACGCGGCUGCCGCUCAGCAGCCGGCGAACCAAGGUGCCGCAGUCCCGACAGGAAGGCAGAAGGCCGCCGCCGCCGCCGGCCGACCUGAGGCAGGAAACCCUCGGCGGCGAGCGCUCGGAGAUAUCGGCAACCUUGUCCACGCCCAUGUCCUGGACGUGAAGAUAGAGCUGCCGGAGGGGAUCAACCGCCGGAUCACACGGAGCUUCGGCGCCCAGCUCCUGAGGAAGGCGCAGACCGAUUGCGCUGUGACGAACAAGAAUGCCAUAGUGCCUGCCCCUCCUGCCGCCCUGAAGCCGGUGGCCAAGAAGGUUCUCAAGCCUGUCCCUCGUCCUGAGGAGGCCACCAAGGCAAUCUACGCUGGCUCCGACGAAAACAGGAAGCCGUCAGAGGGCGCCGCCGCCAGCCCCAUCCACAAGCUUCGCAGAAAGAAGGUGGUGAACACGCUUACUUCGGUACUCUCCCACCGCUCCAAGGAAGCAUGUGGCUUCAAUCGCAGGCCAAAGGAGCUCGUGCAAGACAUCGACAAACUCGACGGCGACAACGAGCUGGCCGUUGUGGACUACAUCGACGAUAUCUACACUUACUACAAGAUUGCUCAGCACGAGAGCCGGCCGGUCGAUUACAUGGGAAGCCAGCCCGAGAUCAACCCCAAGAUGAGGGCGAUCCUCGUGGACUGGCUCGUGGAAGUUGCCCAUAAGUUUGAGCUGAUGCCAGAGAGCUUCUACCUCACAAUCUACAUAAUAGACAGGUUCCUCUCCCUGCAGGCAGUGCCUCGACGGGAGCUGCAGCUCGUCGGGGUCUCAGCGAUGCUCAUCGCCUGCAAGUACGAGGAAAUAUGGGCGCCGCAGGUCAAUGAUUUCAUUUUCAUCUCAGACAACGCGUACUCGCAGCAGCAGAUCCUCGGUAUGGAGAAGUGCAUCCUGAACAGGAUGUCAUGGAACCUCACCGUCCCCACACCGUACGUCUUCCUGGUGCGGUUCAUCAAGGCCGCCGGGAGCGACAAGGAGCUGGAGCACAUGGUGUUCUUCUUCGCCGAGAUGGUGCUGAUGGAGUACGGGCUGGUCUCCCUGUGCCCGUCCCUGGUGUCGGCCUCUGCCGUGUACGCUGCUCGGUGCACGCUGAAGAAGAGCCCCCUCUGGACUGAAACACUCAAGCACCACACCGGAUUCAGUGAGCUACAGCUGAUGGAGCCCGCCAAGGUCCUCAUCGCCUCGCACGCUGCCGCCCCUCAGUCCAAGCUGAAGACCGUUUACAAGAAGUACUGCAGUGAGCCUUUUGGUUGUGUGGCUCUGCACAAUCCCGCAAUCGCCUAGCUUGGCUUCGAAUCAAGAAAGCUCCGUUUGCUUUACUCUGCUAACUGAUACACCAUGGUGUACCAACUGCUAUUCUUGUACAUGUCUUUCUCAGUUACUGUUUUACUCAACUCUUUGGAUACACCAGGGUGUAACAACAAGAAUUAAUGAUACUCUUUUACAAGUGUUUCUCAGGUCAUGUCAUUAAAUGUAUAUCGUCAUGACUGCUGGGUUCCAUGGCCUUUCUUGGUCAAUUCUGUUUGUUCUUGUACU